CCGCCUCUGCCGGAGCCGGCGCUGCCCGCGGAGCAGCCAUGAGCUGGGGCACGGAGCUGUGGGAUCAGUUUGAUAACUUGGACAAGCAUACGCAGUGGGGCAUUGACUUCUUGGAGAAAUAUGCAAAAUUUGUAAAAGAGAGGAUAGAAAUUGAGCAAAACUAUGCAAAACAACUGAGAAAUCUGGUUAAGAAGUACUGUCCUAAACGCUCACCAAAAGAUGAGGAACCCAGGUUUACUUCGUGUAUUGCCUUUUUUAACAUCCUCAAUGAGUUGAACGACUAUGCAGGACAACGAGAAGUAGUUGCAGAAGAAAUGGGACACAGAGUCUAUGGAGAAUUGAUGAGAUAUUCUCAUGAUUUAAAAACUGAGAGAAAAAUGCAUCUUCAGGAAGGGCGAAAGGCUCAGCAGUAUCUGGACAUGUGCUGGAAACAGAUGGAUAACAGCAAAAAGAAAUUUGAGAGAGAAUGCAGAGAGGCAGAGAAGGCACAGCAAAGCUAUGAACGACUGGACAAUGAUACUAAUGCAACAAAGGCUGAUGUUGAGAAGGCUAAGCAACAGUUAAACCUGCGCACACACAUGGCUGAUGAAAACAAAAAUGAAUAUGCUGCACAACUACAGAAUUUUAACGGGGAGCAGCACAAACACUACUACAUUGUCAUUCCUCAGAUUUACAAGCAACUUCAAGAAAUGGAUGAAAGAAGGACUAUCAAACUUAGUGAAUGUUACAAAGGCUUUGCUGACUCUGAGCGCAAGGUUAUUCCAAUUAUCUCAAAAUGCUUAGAGGGGAUGAUCCUUGCAGCAAAAUCAGUUGAUGAACAUAGAGACUCUCAACUAGUGAUAGACUGCUUCAAAUCUGGUUUUGAACCUCCUGGAGAUUUUCCAUUUGAAGACUACAGUCAGAAUAUUUACAGAACUAUCUCUGAUGGAACCAUCAGUACACCAAAGCAAGAGGGAAUGAGAAUUGAUACAAAAACUACAGUUGGCAAGGCUAAAGGAAAGCUGUGGCUAUUUGGAAAGAAACCAAAGGGCCCUGCACUAGAAGAUUUCAGCCACCUCCCUCCGGAACAAAGACGCAAGAAACUGCAGCAGAGAAUCGAUGAACUUAACAGAGAGCUACAGAAGGAAACAGACCAGAAAGAUGCCCUCAUCAAGAUGAAGGAUGUUUAUGAAAAAAAUCCCCAGAUGGGUGAUCCAAGCAGUUUGCAACCAAAAUUAACUGAGACUAUGAGCAAUAUGGACCGUCUUCGGAUGGAAAUACACAAGAAUGAGGCCUGGCUCUCUGAAGUUGAAGGUAAAGUGGCAGCCAGGAGCGACAGGCGGCACAGCAGCGACAUCAACCACCUUGUCACCCAGGGCCGAGAGAGCCCUGAAGGGAGUUACACGGAUGAUGCCAACCAGGAAGUUCGUGGCCCACCACAGCAGCACGCUCAUCCCAAUGAGUUUGAUGAUGAGUUUGAAGAUGAUGAUCCAUUACCAGCUAUAGGACAUUGCAAGGCAAUCUAUCCCUUUGAUGGUCAUAAUGAAGGCACUCUAGCAAUGAAAGAAGGGGAAAUUUUGUACAUUAUUGAGGAGGACAAAGGAGAUGGGUGGACAAGAGCUCGAAGACAUAAUGGAGAGGAAGGCUAUGUGCCAACAUCAUAUAUAGAUGUAACGCUAGAGAAAAACAGCAAAGGUUCCUGAAGCGGGUUUCUGAGAAAAUGGGCGAGAUCUUGAAGGAGGUUACAUGCAGCUGCUGGGGGGGUGGGGGUGGGGAGGGGAGGGGUUCUAGACUGGGAGGCCCAAGGGAAAAGCUAGUUGCAUGAAUGCAUGCAGACAUACAUUUAGUAGUCACUAACAUCUUAGCAUCUCCAUAUAUAGGUAAGGAUGUAUUACCAAAUCUUCAAUUUGUGCAGGAAAAUAGAGUUCCAUUACCAGAGUAAAAAGGCAACUGCUCCUAAAAUUGCUUUAUUUUCAUUGUCCUAGGUUGUCCCAGGUGCACAAACUAUAUUUUAGCUUGUGCUACAUUUUGAUUUUCUCAGUUAUGCUCUUUUCCACCUCACUUUUAUUGGCAGUCAUGUAGAGCCCUGUGUCAGUUAUCAGUCUGCCUGUGCCACCUCCAUGCUCGCCGUUAACCUCCUCCUGCAUGCCUAGGACAGUCAGGCAUGUUCUGUGUAACACUUGGCCAUCAUUGCUUGUCUUAUUUUGUAACAAAUCAUUUUCUUUAAAUAUCUUCAGCACUAGAGUUUCAUCCCAGUAUCCAUGUAUGCUGCUAUAACAAUACCACUGCAACCAUCAUUACAUUCCAGAUGUUUGGCAUAACUGAUAAGCAACUGUAAGGUAUUCUGUUAAUUUGGGGAAAUAAUGCAUCUCAGCUCUAGCCUACAAUGCAAUCAAGAGAAACUCCGAGAACUGUGGUCCAUCUUCAGCCCUUCAGUAACCUGUUGUGAGCACUGACAGCCUGGAGCACAACCAGAGGAUUCACCACUGCAAGCUAAUGACUGUUUUCAGAAGUCAACCACUUGCCAUUCAACUGCUGCCUUAAACUAGAGUGCCUAAAUCUGUUGUUUGCCAACACUACCACUUACAGUAUCCCACAAAGGGCUUUGUGUCUCAGCUCUUCUCACAGUGCUGCAGCUGCUGAGGUAGCCACGGUAGGUUUUCUAGAGCUCUACUUUACUGGAUACAUGGUGCAUCCAUGAAUUUUAUACAUUGAAACGUGUAUCUCUUCAUUUGACUUUAAUAUUUUUUUAAAAGAUUUUUAUGGAAACUGUCUUUUAGUUUUUCACUACGACGUUCCAAUUUCAAUUACUGCAGUGCUAGUCCAUUUCCAGGUGAUGCUUCAUUGUAUGGACCAGGUGACAUUUGAGUGAUACUUCGUCAUGAUCUUUGUGCACUUUUACUUGUAAACAAUUGAAAUUUGGAUAUGUUUAUACGUGUAAAUAUAGUUGUCUGCAGUGCCCCUAUUGCUUAUGUUGUCUUGCUUCCCAUUUGUGGUUCUAUUAAUAAAUGCAUCAUAUCUGAUUGAUUAGGGUGAUAAGAAUUAGACUAGAGAUGUUGGGGGGAGGGAUACUUACAUCAACACAAGCUUGUCAACCCAGCCACCUGCUGUUUGGCAGUGUAUUAUGGAAUAAUAAUUGAAACAUCCUGUUUUUCUGGGGUAUGAAGCAAUAUGUGGAUGCAGCAGUGCUGGAUUCUUUUUCAUUUCAGUGUUAUUAGGAACUGUACUACCAGUAAAACUGAAUUUGAGUGAUUUGUGUAGAGGUUUAUUCCUUUUGUUAUGUAUACCACUAUUACACAGCUUGACCUAGUGUACUAUGGGGCCUAUUAAACUCUAAAGUUUAGAUUUUUGGAGCUUGUAUACAGGGUUAUUUAUAUAAUAAUGUGACAUUACUCAAUACUGACAAAACUACUUAGGUAGUUUUUUGGGUUUGGGGUUUUUGGGGGGGGUCGUUGGGAUUGGGGUUGUUUUUUUCUUUUUUUUUUUCUCUUUUUUUUUCUUUCCAUUUUUUAAAAUCUAGUGCUUUUUUUUUUUUUUUUGGAAAAAAGACUCAGUGAUCCUUGUGGGUCCCUUCCAACCCAGAAUAUUCUGUGAUUCUGUAAUUCUGUGAAGAGGAAGAAAUGUGAUCUGUGUAUUUUCUGGUUAAGGGCCUGUGGUCUGCCUGGCUAACAGCCUUGGAGGUCAGUAAUAACACUUCCUGGUGAAAGACUAAAUGUUCUUUUCACACUACUGUUUGUUUUUCUGAAACCAGGAUUUGCUUCCUUUGGAGGCAGGUUGCUUUCAAGAGGGAUAGUGCAACUUGUAUGAGGGUUUUUAAACAUAGGAAAAAGCAUUUGUACUUGCACAGCUUAUAAAUUACGUAUUCUAAAAUUCUGAACGUGAGUUGUCUUAAAGAAUCAGGCAUUUUCCAGUAAUUUUUUAAUCCUUUUUUGUGCACAUGUUGAUUUCCUAAAUGUUAAAUGCUUUGUUUAAAAAUAGUGUUCUCUGUUGAGAAUAUUUUCAUGGAAUAAAAAAAUCUUUUCAUGGUCUAAGUAAUGAGCUUCCACAUUUGUCUUCUGUUAAGAUUGACUUUCAGUGUGAGGUCUGUGAACUCUUGUUCUGGUGGUAAAAACCUCUGCUGUGAUUGUAGAUAAGAGGAACAGAUUCUGGUGUUGAUUUGGUUGUCAUCCUAGCUCAGUACUUUGAUUCAGUAACAUCUCACUUCAGAAAUAGGCAUACUGACAACACACACAUGCAGCUCUACUGUAGUUCUUAAAUAUUUAAAUAUUAAAUGUCUGAGGAGAGCCCUUAUUCUGUAUAUAACAAAGUGGGAUUUGCUAAGACUCUUUGUAUAAUAAACUGUGUGCAUGCUGAUUUCCUAUAAAAAGUGCUAACACCUUAUUCUUUGCCUUCAUCCAAGGAAAAA